UUCGAUUAAAACAAUACAAAAGAGUUUGCGACAGAUAUAGUCCGUUUGUUAUUGUUAACAUGAAAGGAUAUUUAGGAGUCGUUUUUGCAUGGUACGUUGUUUGUUGUGUUGCGGAACAGCAUUGUUCCAAAUACCAUUAUGAGGAGCAACUUUUAUCAAAGGUAGUCCGACUGGAACACAAAUUAGAAGAGCUGGAGGAAAAAGUCAGUAAAGAAGACUUAGAAGAUAAAGACAAGAUGUGUACGCAAUGCCCAGAUGAAUGGAUCCAUUACAAAGGUUCAUGUUACGUGAUUAUGAAGGAAAACUCUUCAUUUUAUCAAGCGAGAUGCAAGUGUCUAACACUUCAUGCUGAUUUAGUCCAAAUAGAAAAUGCAGAUGAAAACACGUUCCUAAGAAACCAUCUAAGUACAUUAAAAGGUACUGACUUUUGGUUUGGACUCACAGAUGCUGAUACAGAAGGUGUAUUCAAAUGGGUUGACGACAACUCGGAUGUAUCUUUUACGGAUUGGAAUGAAGGUCAACCUGAUGAUGGUGGGGGAAAAGAAGACUGUGCACAUUUUAAAGGAAGUUACAACCUGAAGUGGAAUGACAGUGAAUGCCAUGCUCAUUUUCAGUCUAUUUGUGAAAUGAAAAUCAAAGUUAAAGAAAAUAGAUAAAAACAAAACAAUACCUAAAAACUCUUUAAACUCUUUAACUCAGAAUUGAGUUAUUACAUGUUUAUGUUAACAUUUGUAAUCGCAUUUGUAAUAACCUGGAACCAGUCUAGAAACACCAUUUAUCUUUUAACCGCAAAGAUGAUCUCUUCAAUUAUUCUGUGCUUGUAUUGACUGGUUGCUCAUGUUUUGCUAUAGAAAUCUUGACUUGUAAGUCAAAGAAAACUCAAAUGUUAUUCAACAUUUUGUUUUUAAAUAUGAUAUUUUAUUUUGUUACUGUGUCAGAAGAUCAUCACAUAGUUUUUUUUAAAAAGUAUACUUUUAUAAAACAAUUAUCAAUUACAAGACAUGAACUGAAGUCUGAAUAAAUGUCAUUUGCCGAUAA